UUUAGUUUGCAAAUCUCCAAAGUCCCAUUUCAUGAAGUUGUCUUACUACAUCAUUUUUGUUUCUAAAAGCAGCACCCAAUAAAAAUUACUUCGGCGCGAUGAUGUCAUUUCGUAAAAUUUUAUUUAAAAUUGAAGAACAUUUAAGAAGUUCCAUCAUGAGUUUAUAACUCGAUACAUAUUUGUAUUACUUAUUACAUUGAUCAGCUUCCACGAAACAUUGUUCAAAUUAUGCGUAUACAAAGUACGUUCUAGGUAGUAGAACAAAACAAACCACACUGAUUCGAAUGAUAGAGGUUAGACGAGUCAGAAAAUUGAAAAGUAUUGUAACUCAAGUUGACCUACAAUAUAUAUCAUGGCUGAAAGUAAAAGGAAGAUAACAGGAUGUUAUUGUAUUCAUAAAAAAUUGCAUAGACCAUCAAAGCAGAACGAACAAUGCAAAAAGAAAAGACAAACAUUUGUAUACAAUCCAGAGGAAGAUAUGUACCACGAGCCAUAUCUGAAAGAUUUACGAAAGGAAUUUUCAGAUGCGUCUAUAUUGUGCGAUUCAAAGAUUGAAUUGCCGUGGAAGGAUAUCGCGUUACCAUCGGCUGGCAUGAAAAUUCGUCAACAAUCUUCAAUGGCACCGUUAGGCCGUCAUACAGAGGAAGGUGAUCAGGAUGCUGAAAAAGAACCAUCGAAAAAGGAAUCUGAGAGUACCAUGCCUCUUCCAUGGAAGGAUUUGAUCAUCAUGGAAACAGUACCUACGAAACAGAGUGAUCCUGCAAGUUGCGAUUCUACGUUAGAAAUUCCAUGGGAUGAUCUUGUACUUGAAAAACCAAUAGACAUACAACCACUACGAGAGGAAGCUUGUGUCACCGAUGACGUUGAAAUUCCAUGGGAUGACAUUUUGGUACCACGAAAUAUCAUCAUCGAGGCGCCAACAAGGAAACAUCCAUCUUCGAAAUACCCACCUCGUACGUCGAUUAAAAAAGGGACCAGAGGGUGUUGUUGCACUACUGUUGAAUGCAAAAAGAUACCGGCAACUUCUAAAUAACGCGCGAAUAAUAAUAUUAGAAUAACCCGGUUUCUUAGAAAGGAAAUGUUUCUUUAUUACGUUUGGUUUUCAAAAGAGGACGAGAUUCAGCUAUUGAGACAUACCAUUCGGACAUUUAGUUCU